AUGACUUUGCUGGAACGCUUGGCCAACUUCUUGGGCCUAUCAAAGCCCGCGCCUGCGGCGCCGCCGGGGGCAGUGUUGGCGGCGACGGUCACGACGCCGGCGUCGCUGGGAUUUGUCCCCGUCGCGGUGCAUUUUAAGCUCUUCGACGUAUUGGUGAAGCAUGGAAAACCGGCGACCGCGGAAGAAGUGGCCAACGCCGCCAACGGGCUCAUUCAAGAAAAAGAGCCUAAAAUCAGUACUCUACUUGCCGCGGAUACACUCUACAUCAUGGCCGGACUGGGCCUGGUCGAGCGCGUGGAAGAGAACAGUUUUAAUGCCAAUGCCAUCACCCGGCACAUGGUGGCCAUGCCUUCGGCCCAGCAUGGCGCCGUGCACUUCACCACCGAAGGAAUGAUGGCCGGCGCAUUCCUCAUGAAGAAACUGCAGGAUACCAACUUUGCGUAUCCUUUCAAUGAGGCUGACGGUCCCAUGCAGUAUGCCUACGAGCUGAUGGGCGAGAAGGAGCUGGCCCUGCAGCACACGUAUUCCAUUAUGGAGGCCCAGGGGCGCAUGGACAGCUUCAACCAGUUCAUGGUCGGCAAGUUUCUCAAGUUCGGCACUUUCCCCGAGCGGGCCACUUCGCUGGGAUACGAUCUGCGCGAGGCACUCAGCCAACCGGGGACCGUGGCCAUGGUCGACAUUGGCGGCGGACGAGGCGAGCUCCUUCUCGAAGUCCAGUCCGUAUUUCCCCAUCUCGGAUGCGAGAACCUGGUGGUGCAGGAGUUCAAUGCAGAGAUCGACGACAUCCCGGGUGUGCAUUUGAUGGAGUGGAACUACAAGACGAGCGCGGAACAGCCGAUCCAGGGCGCGCGAAUCUACUCGCUCCAGCACAUUCUCCACAACCUGCCGGACCUGGACGCGGUGGCGCUGCUUCAGAAGAUCUCGCGGGCCAUGGCACCCACGUCGCGACUGCUGAUUAUCGAGUACGCGAAGAACAUGACCUAUACUUCGCUACAUGCCAGCAUGAUUGUACUAUACGGGGGGCGUGAGCGCAGUGCGUCCGAAUGGCGGCAGCUGGCCGGUGUCUCCGGCCUGCGAGUCACUUUUGAACGGUAUGUGCGCGCGGGCGAGUCUCUUGUGGAGAUGCGCCGAGCGGAUUAA